CACACACCAAAUUCCAAAAAGACAGAAAGAAAAAGGGCAAAAGGAAAAAAAAAGAAAGCCAAGCCACCAUCCAAAUGCCACCUGCCAUCCAUGGCAGCAUGGCACCACCACCACCCCCUGACGCUCACUGAUCUGACCCACCACCUUACUGAGCUUACUCCUUCUCCGGCGAGUCGCUGACAGCCAUGCCCCCCGUCGGCGUCCAGCUCCACAGCCUCCUCUUCAAGCUCCUCCUCCGCCGCCGCCUCUCCUCCCUCUCCGCCUCUGCCUUCGCCUCCUCGUUCGGCGUCUCCUCCCGCCCCGCCGACUACCGCCCCUCGCCGCCCUCCAACCCGUCCUUCUCCCUCGCGUCCCCCGACGCCGUCGCCACCAAGGACCUCCACCCGGACCCGCUCUCCUCCCUCCACCUCCGCCUCUUCCUCCCCAACCCCCACCACCACGCCGCCGCCGGCCCUCCUCCUCCUCCUCCUGCCCUCCGUCGGAACUCCUUCCCCCAGCACCACCGUGACGGCGACCACGUCGUACCGGGCCAGGAGCAGCUCUCCCGCCGCGUCAGCGCCAUCUUCCACGGCGUCGGCGUCUCGCCCGCGCCGGCCGCCCAGGCGGCGCGCGACUACGGAGGGUACCUCCCGACUCCCGCCGCGCGGUCCGCGAGGAAGCUGCCGGUGAUCGUGCAGUUCCACGGGGGCGCCUUCGUGACCGGCGCCGCCGACAGCGCCGCCAACGACGCCUUCUGCCGCCGCGUCGCGCGCCUCUGCGACGCCAUCGUGGUGGCCGUCGGGUACCGCCUCGCGCCCGAGAGCAGGUACCCCGCCGCCUUCGAGGAUGGGGUCGCCGUGCUGCGAUGGAUCGCCAAGCAGGCUAACCUCGCCGUGUGUGGACGGACCAUAGCCAAGGGGGGCAGCGCCGACUCGUUCGGUGCGGCGAUGGUUGAACCGUGGCUCGCCGCGCACGCCGAUCCGUCCAGGUGUGUUCUCCUUGGCGUCAGCUGUGGAGCAAAUAUUGCGGACUAUGUGGCCCGGAAAGCUGUUGAGGCUGGGAAACUCCUAGAGCCCGUGAGAGUUGUUGCACAAGUUCUGAUGUAUCCGUUCUUCAUGGGAAGUGCACCCACUCAAUCAGAACUAAAGUUGGCAAACUCCUACUUUUAUGACAAGUCAACGUGUUUACUGGCCUGGAAACUCUUCUUGGCUGAGGGUGAAUUCAGCUUGGACCAUCCAGCAGCAAACCCUCUCGUGCCUGGAAGAGGCCCUCCGUUGAAGCUUAUGCCUCCAACCCUGACAGUCGUUGCAGAGCUAGACUGGAUGAAGGAUCGUGCGAUUGCUUACUCGGAGGAGCUUCGCAAGGUAAAUGUGGACGCCCCUGUUCUCGAGUACAAGGACACAGUCCAUGAGUUUGCCACGCUAGACGUCCUGCUGAAAACGCCGCAGGCUCAGGCUUGCGCUGAAGAUAUAGCAAUCUGGGUUAAGAAGUACAUAUCACUGCGCGGCCAUGAAUUAUCUUAUUGACCUGCCUUGAUGAAAUUUUAACCUGAGUGACCUACCUUAAGUCAUGACCAGACCAGGAUCUCCGUUACUUCAUUCUCCACACCGGACUGUCAUGGUAACCAUUUGAUGGGGGAGAAAUUACCCAUCAGUCCAUCGGCUGAAUGUUCAUAGCGCUGAGAUGAAGAUAUAGAAUUACUCAUCAGUGAUGUUGGGUGAUUGUUUCAUGGAAAUUCAAAUUGCCCAGGGUAAUCUGAGGUAAUCCACGACCGGUCUGAGAUUGUAUAUUUCCACGUUCUAAUGUCAUUUGAAGCUUUCAUCUACUUAAUUCCCCAGUUUUGUGUCCA